GCAGCCGGACUGACGGUUCUCCUCCUGCCGCAGAGAGAGACGAUCUGACGGUCAGACAGGAUGCCUUUCUCCGAGCUGUAUUUUAACGUGGAUAACGGCUACCUGGAGGGGCUGGUCAGAGGGUUUAAGGCUGGAAUAUUAUCCCAGGCGGAUUAUCUAAACCUGGUUCAGUGUGAGACUCUGGAAGAUCUGAAGCUCCAUCUGCAGAGCACAGACUAUGGCAGCUUCCUGGCAAACGAGGCUUCUCCUCUCACUGUGUCUGUCAUUGAUGACAAGCUGAAGGAGAAGAUGGUGGUGGAGUUUCGCCACAUGAGGAACCAGUCGUAUGAGCCGCUGGCUAGCUUCAUGGACUUCAUCACGUACAGCUAUAUGAUUGAUAACGUCAUCCUGCUGAUCACGGGCACCCUCCACCAGCGGGCCAUCUCUGAGCUUGUGCCAAAGUGUCACCCGCUGGGCAGCUUCGAGCAGAUGGAAGCGGUCAACAUCGCCCAGACCCCCGCCGAACUUUACAACGCCAUCCUGGUGGACACGCCCCUCGCUGCUUUCUUCCAGGACUGCAUAUCUGAACAGGACUUGGAUGAGAUGAACAUUGAAAUUAUUCGUAACACACUUUACAAGGCUUACCUGGAGGCUUUUUAUAAAUUUUGCUCAAACCUUGGAGGCACCACAGCCGACACCAUGUGUCCCAUUCUGGAGUUCGAGGCCGACAGGAGAGCAUUCAUCAUCACCAUCAACUCGUUCGGCACGGAGCUGUCCAAGGAAGACCGUGCCAAGCUCUUCCCCCACUGCGGCAAGCUUUACCCAGAAGGCCUUGCUCAGCUGGCCCGGGCAGAUGACUACGAGCAGGUCAAGGCCGUCGCUGAUUUCUAUCCGGAGUACAAGCUGCUGUUUGAAGGUGCUGGAAGCAACCCAGGAGACAAAACACUGGAGGACCGCUUCUUCGAGCACGAGGUGAAGCUGAACAAGCUGGCCUUCCUCAACCAGUUCCACUUCAGUGUCUUCUACGCGUACGUCAAGCUGAAGGAGCAGGAGUGCAGGAACAUCGUAUGGAUCGCUGAGUGCAUCGCCCAGCGGCACCGCGCCAAGAUCGACAACUACAUUCCUAUCUUUUAAUCCUCUCCUCCUCCUCCUUCUUCUUCCUAUCAUCAUUUCAUUCAUGUCUUGGAUGGUGUGUCUCCAGUCCCACCUCGGUGAUAAAGAUUCUGAUGGUUUGAUGCUACAUUUUCUGCAUUCUUCACUCACAGGUGUAAAUUGAUUCUGGGCAUCUGAAUUCCCUGUGAGUUGCAGCCAGGCUCAUUACUGCUUACAAUGUAUAAUACAUAAUCAACUUAAAUACAGAGUUUUUAGCUGUAAAGAAUCACGUGAGCCUGGUCACACAAAGGUGGUUGGUGCUUGAUUUAAUCAGCUCAGCAGAUAAAGGAGGCAACUUAUUUGACUUUCAAACACUCUCAUCUGAUUGUCUAAACUUUCUGACACACAGUGUGUUGUUGUUUUUUGAGGCACGUCCUGUCCACCUGACAUAUCUACUGACAAAUUACACCAGGAGAAGCAUUUGCAAUCUACUCUGUUCAGGAAUUAACUCUCCAGCCACCAGGGGAAAAGAUUUAUUUUAUCGUAAAUACACCAAACGACAGCCAUCUUUUUCAAAUCAUGUUAAUCUCCAGGCUCAUCAAACACGGGUGCAGUGUAGUAAAAAGUUACCAUCCCGAAUCUGAAGUUAACACUACCGCAGAGCUUCAGCCAGCCAUGAAAACAUUCCUCUGCUUAGCGUCAGUCCACCAGGUUCUCUAUAACCUGUAUUUAUUUCUGUUUUAGUGCUAGGUUUUGUCAGCAUGUCUGGUCAUUUACUGUGGUUUUCCCCCAAAACUUAAGAGUGAAACGUGUGAGCCCCCCCACCUGAUUUGCUGUCUUAACUAGAUCGUUGUUAGAUAUUAAAAAGCAGCUGAACAGGAGCUUCCAGUCCUCGCCGUUCCUGUUCCCAUGUGAGUUUCUGUAAAUGAACGUUCUGCAAUGAGGCAAAAAUCUUGUGAGUAUAUGACAGACUUAAUGUUUAAACUAUACAAAGAUAUAUAGAUAUUUAAAGAUGACGAUAUGAUUUUGUUUUUUCAUGCUGUAAAAAUUGAUUUAUUUCUGUUUUGAUCUGUUUCUUACUUGUGAAAUGUGUUCUGUAAAUGUGACAAAAAAUAAAUAGACUAAACUACUAA